CUGAUUUUCCACAUAAACAGAUCUUUAAUUUCUUUGAGGUGUUUACAAGGGAAAGAGAGAAAAAAAAAAUGGGAGUGUUUGUGCAAGUUGUGAUGGUGGUGGGCAUGCUUACAUGCCUUGCUACAGUUGCAUAUGCAGCUUCGGGGACGGCCACUUACUAUACUCCCCCUUAUGUUCCCUCUUCAUGCUAUGGCUACCAAAACAACGGCGUGAUGAUCGCGGCGGCAAGUGAUGUGAUAUGGGGCAAUAGGGCUGCAUGUGGAAGAAAUUACAGAGUUAGAUGCACAGGGCCUACAAACCAAGGUGUGCCACAACCAUGUAGGGGUCAGAGCAUCGUUGUUAAAAUUGUCGACUACUGUCCUGCAGGAUGCCAAGGCACCAUCGAUCUUUCUCAAGAAGCUUUUUCCCAGAUUGCAGAUCCUAAUGCUGGCAAAAUCAAAAUUGAAUAUAACCAGGUUUGAAGUUCUAGUAAGCUUAUAUAUGGAAGGUUUGUGAGGGCAAAUUACUGAUGAUAAUAAUAAUAUAUAAAAAAACAGCAUCCAUGGUGUGGAAAUUUGUAUGUUUUCAUGAGUGAAUGUGAGCUAAAAAUGUAGCUUUAUAAGCAACCAAAAUAUUAAUAAAAAAUAAAAUUAAAAUAAAAUAUUUUAGCUUUAUCUAAUGCAUGAUGUAUUGCAUCCCAUCUCUACCUAUUAUAUAUAUAGUGUGGUAUCUUACUUUGCUUUCA